GGCCAUGUUCCCUGCUGCCUGUUCCGGUAUCUAACUGCAGCACAGGCAGCGUUGGCUUUGGGGCGCAGUACCGUCUUACUCAACGACCCAAGAAGUUGUCCUACUCUGAAGAUAAAUUUAACGAAACCGGAAUGUAGAGUUUAACCAUUUUUAAUCUGCUUUUUUUUAAAAAAAAGCCGGUUAUCUACCCGGCCACCCCUUUCCACCGCAACAUUUGAACGACCUUAUUCGGCUUAGCUGCGCAGCCGGGAAAAGAACGACUUUUUGGGGAUUGUUGAGCUACUUUGCCGUCUCGGAUUAAUUAGCCAACUAGCAUCUAGCUAACAACCUCUCGACUCGACAACAGGAUAGUCAAUUCCUCGGACCGCAACACUGAAGGAUAGCUAGCCACCUAUGAUUACGACCGUUUAUUUUUUUCCGAGCGUGGGGGAUGGGAGUUUCUGAUUUCAUACGCUAGUUAGCUGUAUUUGUUUUCAUUUUCUUCAUCAAACGAAGGUCAAUCAAGUCUUGUCCGGCCUAAACUGAAUCCCCGGACUCGAGUUGAAUGCUGAUAUUGGAAACAAAUUCGGUCGUCGCCUCACCAACCUGACAACCCAUCCACUUGUUGGCUAGUUGCGGAAUUCUCUCCCUCCCUGUCCCAAGACGAGGGACUGACGAGUGGCUCCAAAUGUAACCAAGAGGACAUUAUUUUCGAACCCACCCGAAAUAUUUUUUUUUUGGAACGUUAUUGGUUCGCUAGUUCACGCCAUCAGCUAGUAAUUUUGUAACGUCGCCGAGCUAGUUAGCUAACCAGCUAUCUAGCCAUAUGACUAUUUUCACUGACGGUUGAAAAACUUUUGACCCCCCUUUUCCCUUUAGAUACGGACACGUACUUCUAAUGAGGGAUUCAACUUGUUGAUUGUUGUAGGUAGCUAGCUAAUGGCUAGCUAGCUAUUUUGACUUUUUUUUUCUUUCGACGAACAUUGAAGACAUAGGUGCAUAACUGACAACAGCAGCCUUAAAUGUGCGUCGGAUUCUGAAUGGUUUUGUGUCCCUCCGUCCCCUUUUUCUGGAGGAUCCCGUAAAAUGUCAACCCGGCCGCCAUUGUUAACAGUCAUUGAAAAUUCGUCCAGCCAGUCUCACUCGGAGUCCAAGGCGGGGGAGCGUCCCAGCAUGCCGCGGUGCCGGAACUCGGUCGCCACGACGGCGGACGAGCAGCCGCACAUCGGCAACUACCGGCUGCUGAAGACCAUCGGCAAGGGCAACUUCGCCAAGGUGAAGCUGGCCCGGCACGUGCUCACCGGGAAGGAGGUGGCAGUGAAAAUUAUAGAUAAGACUCAGCUGAAUUCCUCCAGUCUCCAGAAGCUGUUCCGGGAAGUGAGAAUCAUGAAGCUGUUGAAUCAUCCUAAUAUAGUUAAAUUAUUUGAAGUCAUAGAAACGGAGAAGACACUGUAUCUGGUGAUGGAGUAUGCCAGUGGAGGUGAAGUGUUCGAUUACCUCGUAGCUCAUGGGAGGAUGAAAGAGAAGGAAGCCAGAGCCAAAUUCAGACAAAUUGUGUCAGCAGUGCAGUACUGUCACCAGAAGUGCAUUGUCCACAGAGACCUAAAGGCAGAGAACCUCCUCCUGGACGCAGACAUGAACAUCAAGAUCGCCGACUUCGGCUUCAGUAACGAGUUCACUCUGGGGAACAAGCUGGACACGUUCUGCGGGAGCCCCCCCUACGCCGCGCCCGAGCUCUUCCAGGGCAAGAAGUACGACGGGCCCGAGGUGGACGUGUGGAGCCUGGGCGUCAUCCUCUACACGCUGGUCAGCGGCUCGCUGCCCUUCGACGGGCAGAACCUGAAGGAGCUGCGUGAGCGUGUGCUGAGAGGGAAGUACAGGAUUCCCUUCUACAUGUCCACAGACUGCGAGAACCUGCUCAAGAAAUUCCUCAUCCUCAACCCUUCCAAGAGGGGCAGCCUGGAGCAGCAGAUAAUGAGGGACCGCUGGAUGAACGUGGGCCACGAGGACGAGGAGCUGAAGCCGUACGUGGAGCCGCAGCCCGACUACAAGGACCCCAAGAGGACAGAUAUAAUGUUGCAGAUGGGCUACUCUCAGGAGGAGAUCCAGGACUCUCUUGUCAACCAAAAAUACAACGAAGUCAUGGCCACAUAUCUGCUGUUGGACUAUAGGAACUCAGAGCUGGACGAGGGCACCAACUUAUCAAUAAAACCCCGCCCUGGAAGCGACCUCACAAACAGCAGCGUCCAAUCGCCUCCUCACAAGGUACAGCGCAGUGUCUCAUCCAGCCAGAAGCCCCGCAGAGCCACAGACCAAGGCUCCUCCUCCUACUCCAAGCGCUCCCAGGGGGACAGUAAGCACACUGCAGAGGAUUCUGGGAGGAAAGGUUCCGGCAGCUCAGCCAAAGUGCCCCCCAGCCCGCUUUCCUCAGUCGACCGAAAGAAGACCACUCCCACCCCCUCCACCAACAGCAUCCUGUCCACCGGUACGAGUCGGAGCCGCAACUCGCCCCUCGUGGAGAGAGCUCUGCUGGGCCAGGGGGUGCAGAACGGCAAGGACAGCCUGAACACCCCCGGGUCCCGCGCCUCUACCGCCUCGGCAGCCGCUGUCCUCACCACCUCCUCCCGCCCCCGACACCACAAGUCCCUGUCCUCCUCCGCCCACCCCAGCCCCCCCGACCUGCACGCACAUCGCACCAGCACUGCUUCUCAGAGGGUCCCAGGGGCGUCUCCCUCCGCCCACAACAUCAGCAGCGCCACGGUGACGGACCGCACCAACUUCCCCAGGGGGGUGGCCAGCCGCAGCACCUUCCACGCCGGCCAGCAGAGGGCGACGCGGGACCAGCACGCCUCGGCCUACAACGGGCCCCCUGCCUCCCCCUCCCUCUCCCACGGGAACAGCCAGCCCCGCCGACCCGGAGCGUCGGGCAUCUUCAGCAAGUUCACCUCCAAGUUUGUGCGCAGAAAUCUCUCGCUCAGGUUCCCCAGAAGGAGCCCGUAUGAGGGAGAGGGUCGGGAUGAUGGGAGCAGGCCGAUGCUGAGCGGCUCCGGCGAUAAGUCUGAGAAGGGGCCGGGCAGCGUGCUGGGCUCCACCGGCGACGAGAACAAGGACUCCCUGUCCUCGUCCUCGCCCGUGCCCGGGGGCACCCCGCCCCAGCUGGCCCACCACGCCAAGGACACCAAGCCGCGCUCGCUGCGCUUCACCUGGAGCAUGAAGACCACGUCGUCCAUGGAGCCCGGCGAGAUGAUGAAGGAGAUCCGCAAGGUGCUGGACUCCAACAGCUGCGAGUACGAGCUGCGCGAGCGCUUCAUGCUGCUGUGCGUGUCGGGCAACCCGGCGCGCGACGACUUCGUGCAGUGGGAGAUGGAGGUGUGCAAGCUGCCCCGCCUCUCGCUCAACGGCGUGCGCUUCAAGCGCAUCUCUGGCACCUCCAUCGCCUUCAAGAACAUCGCCUCCAAGGUCGCCAACGAGCUCAAACUGUGAGGGGGGGGAGGGGAGGGGAGGGGAGCGGAGGAGGAGGGCGGGGCUUAAACGAGAGGGACUGAAGCUCGCGGGGCGACGGAGCGGGACUGGGGCUUUUGACGUGAGGAAGAGGAGGAGGCGGAGGAGAACGAGUGAUGGAGGAAGAGUGGGACUGAAGCAGGAAGGCUAGGAGACAAAAAUCGUAGGAAGAGGUAGAGGUUUGAUGAGGAGUCGUGUGAUGACUCUUUGCGGAGGAAGCGGGGUGAGAUUUCAUGGCUUGUAGGAGAGGAGUAGCUUAGGGAGGUGGAUUUUUUGGGGGGCUGUUCUUCUGUUUUGUUUUGUUCCCCCCUCCCCCGUUCCCUUUAAAUUUUUGUUCUCUUUGCCUGUGGUGAAUUUUCUUGUUAUUUGUUGGUUCCCAGAUCACACCCCUUACCCCUCACACCUGGCCUCAGAAAGCUAAGCGGUAGGCGGGGCGGGCGGCCAUUUCACUCCAAACCGCCGUCCCUGGGCCCAAACGACGACGCCACGCGCUUCGCCUCUCCACCCUCUCGCGUCUUUCGCAGGCGAAUGGGGGGAGCAGCUCUCUUUCACUCUGAUUACCAGACAGCGGAGCGUCUCACCCUGUGGGGAAGCAAACGGUCCACAUUACAACCCACAGCUCUCUGGUGAUGUCACGCUUCCCACCACUUGGUCGUUCUGUCCCCCCCACCCCCCAACCCCCACCCCAUCCCUCCCAGGUUAAAUUCUACCACAGGGGUCAAGUUAGAAAAUUAAGUAAGUAAUUAAGGGCCAAUCGUGUAAUCAUUGGUGGAUUAACUGUAAUUUAGUUUGCUGGUAGGUUUCAAAGCGCUGCACUGGACUCGGUCUGUUUGGUUGCCUUUUCUGAAGAAAACUGAGAAUGAGAAGCUGAGCGAUUUUUUUUCUUGUUCUGUUGGAUUGUAUCUCGCCUUUGUACAGAGAAUGUAAAACGGAAACGUGCCUCCCAAACCAUCCAAAAGAAAGCUAAACAGAAGUAUGAAUAUUAAAAUAUCUAUAAAUAUAUGAAAAUAUUUAUCACUGGAAAAAAAAAAACAGGAUUUCCUUUUAUCUUUGACGUUUUUGAAAAUUUGUUGACUUGAGCCUGCUCACGUCUCUCCUGAGACCCCCCCUCCCCCCCCUACUGUUAAACGAGAGUGAAGUUGAGGUGUCCAACCACAAACACCCCCCAGCCUGGGAGGGUCAUGUGACAUGGUCGUGACAGCGUGCAAUUCAAACCCAAUCAUCAUUAUUAUCAUUAUGAUUAUCAUCACUUAUUUUUGAUAGGAGUAUUUAAUAUGGAGCAUGGGGGUGAAUUUCUGUUUUUGUACUUUCAACCAAAAGGCUACUGGCCUCACACACAUAUCUUUUCAAUGAUGAUUGAAUGAGAGCAGCGAAAUAAAAUUGUAAUCAUAACCGUAAUAAUGAUGAUCCUAAUUGACUACUGCUCAUUUGUUGUGUUGUUUAGUGCUGAUUCUUUUUUGGCGUUAUGUUGUUUAUUAAAAAGACACUGCUUCAGUUGAGCACUGCCUGAAGCAGAGAGAUGCUACAAAUUUUUGUUCUUUUCAGUCUCAUUGUAUGAGAAUACAGGCAUUGACCCCAACCUGAAAUGGAUAUUUUUAUUUAAGGAGGGUAUGUGUGUGUGCACACAUGCACAGGCAGCUCCAGUGCAGUACAAGCCAACCCAACUGACUCCGCCCCCCUUCUAGAAUCAGCACACACACGUUGUGCUGUCGCCAAGAGAACUCGCAAAGCAUUAAGUUGGUCUUUCUGUUCCCCUGUGCAUUAAGCUCGAUGACUGCUCACUAAUAAAUAUUGUGACAAAUGAAAAUGUGCAUUGGCAAACUUGGAUAACCUCUCGUGUCAUGGUGAAGUAGCUGUGUCUGAAUCAUUGUAAAUUUAGCCUGAAGAUGUGACUGCAGUGAUGUCUAGGACUAAUUCUCCCAGGGGCGAGUGUAUGGUACAGAUCGGUUCGGACUGGGAGCCCCUCACGGGCUACUCGUCGGUGCGUUUGCGUCUUUGUAGAGCGUAUGAAAUUAUGCAAACGAGCGGUGUUUCUGAAAUGCACUGCAGUAUCGUACUGUAACGCUUUUCAUCGUUUCAUCUAACUGAAUGCAGAAAGAUUUCCAUGCUAUUCACACAAUGUUCGUCACAGGGCUUCUCUUCUUUUGCAAAGCAUUGAACGUCUUAGGUCUUCAGUGUGUUGAUAGAGGCGUAUGUGGUAAUACAGACACACACACACACACACACACAGUAGAGAACAGUAAUUCAUGAUGCUGUUGUAGGAGAUCCAUGUCCAGCUUUGCCAGUACAGCAUGAACUUAUUGCUCUGGUGUAUUUUCUGGCUAAAUGCUGUCUGAGAAAAAGUGUGUGUGGGUUGGGAUGAGUGGUGAUGGUCUGAGGGAAGUCCUGGGCUGUCUGUCUGCUUCCAUCGGCCUGGCCUAAAUGGGAGGUUUGGUCUGUGGUCCAGAGGGCUGUGUUCCGAUUGGCUGGCUUGGUCUCAAGUGGGUGGGGCUGAAGCCCCACACAGCUCCGGGCCAGACAGUCGUCCAUGUUGGGCCCUGUGCAUCACAGUCUGCAUCCUUCCUGUAGCCGUGUACGUGGCACGCGCUCUGUGUAGCGGGUGUCUUACUGUGGUCAGACUGUGUGGAUAUUCUGCACUUUCCCCCAGUUCUCCCAAUUGGUUAGUUCAUACACCUUGUUAAAUUACCUUGAUGAGACCGUGUGUGUGUGUGUGUGUUUGCACUUUGAGCCUGGACCUUCCCAACACUACUGUGCAGUGGGUGUCGGAAAACUUGUACAUCAGCCGGUGGAGAGCUGUUCACAA